AUGCGCUAUAAGGAAAAGGACGCUGUAAACAAGAAAAGAAUAAAAAUUGCCCGAAACUGGCCAAACACCCGAAGAUUCUCUCCAUCAAGACAGGCUGUUAUCAAAAAGACCAGCCCGAUGACGCUGUGUGCUAGAUACCUGUCGACAUCUGAGAUCCCCAUGGCUCACCAGAAGGGCAUUGCAAAGAUCGAGGAAAGCUUGGAUAUGGUCGGGAAGAGCCAGAGCGUAUGCAUAUUGGUGCUUGAAAGGAAUCUUUGUUGCGAGGAGUCGCAGCCCCCGAGAGCUGCGGGCAACGGACCUGGCCAGACAAGAAAGCCAUCGCUCGUCGCUCAGGAACUCAGCAAAGCGAGCUCUCCUUCUCUGCCGUACGUUUCGCUAUUAUUGAAUCCGACCCUGCAGCAGCCUUCCGUGGCCUUGGACAUUUCCAGGGUUGUGUUGACGCAUUCCACCCCGUCCCCUCCCCAAUUCCUUCCGAAAGUCAUUGCAUAA